CACAAAAAUGGCGCAUUUAGUUGAAGAUGUUGAUCGAUGAAAAUGUGUUAGAGAUUUGUUUUAUGUAACAGCCCAUAAAUUGUUGAUGUUCAUGAGAAGAAGUAAAAGAAAUAUGUCAGUUUCUCCACAGAGUAAAGGUCUGGUUUCAACUCACCAAGGAGGUUUUGAUUGGGACCAGUAUUUGAAAGACUGUGAGGCAGAAGCUGCACCUCAAAGCUGUUUUAAGCAGGUUUCCUUUCAGAGUGCAGAACCAUCUGAUAAUGAGUUCCAGGUUAAUAUGAAGAUAGAAGCUGUAGACCCUAGGAAUCUGACGUCAAUAUGUGUAGCCACUGUUGUAGGAAUGAUUGGACCUCGGUUGAGACUUCGAUUGGAUGGUAGUGAUAAUAAGAAUGAUUUCUGGAGGAUGGUUGAUUCAUCUGAUUUACAUUCUAUCGGUUACUGUGAGAAACAUGAUGGCCUUCUACAACCACCAUUAGGCUUCAGAAUGAAUCCCUCUUCGUGGCCAUCAUUCCUACAGAAAACACUUACUGGAGCAGUCGUAGCACCUGACAGUUGUUUUAAAAAGGAACCAUCUACUCCAAAAAAUAAUGAAUUUAAAAUUGGUCAAAAAUUAGAAGCUGUUGACAGAAAGAAUCCUCAGUUACUUUGUCCUGCUUCUGUUGGUGCUGUUAAUGGUGACCAGAUACAUGUUACAUUUGAUGGAUGGAGGGGUGCGUUUGAUUAUUGGUGUAGAUUUGACUCCAGAGAUAUAUUUCCUGUUGGUUGGUGUAAUGCAAGUGGUCAUCCUAUACAACCACCAGGACAGAAAGGUUCUAGUAAAUAUAAAGGAAACAGAGGGGUAAAAGAAUCCACACCUACUCCCUCACUACCAAGUCAGAGUGGAUCCUCUCCCUCUCCUAGUCCUAAUCAAGAUAAAACCCUGCCCAUGUCUCCAAAGAAGGAACCAGAGUCAGCGGUACAAGUCACAGAACCAGACACAAGUUCUCCUAGUCUUACAACAGUUUGUGUAUUUGUAAAUCACAAUUGUUCUUGUGGAGGUUACUUACAUCCUAGGAAAGUCAGUCAUCUUCCAAGUCAGUAUGGACCAGGGGCUAUUGCCAAGGUGAUGAGGGAAGUGGCCCAGGCCUGUAUAGAUUGUGCCUUACAGGAAAAACAGGUGUACAACAUGAUGAGAGAGGGGAGUGGAAAAGUUAUUGUCACAGCAAAUCAAGGAAACAAAACACUUACAAAACGACUGCCUCCUGUAGAGAGGUUAUCCACAUUAUGGAGGUUUAUAGAGAGGAUGCUGGAAGAAUUGGGGUGCUGUGAAAACUUAUUUACUAGUCAACCAUUGCAUGGUAGCUGUCCAAAGUGUAGCCGUAGUGGAAAUCCUAGAUCUGUGUUCAACUUUACAGAAGAAGAAUUAGAGAAUAGAACAGCAAUAAACAAAGCAUUGAAACGACGAUGGUCAACAGAAUCGACAGAUAGUAUGAAAAUAAAAAAGGCUGAACAGAAAAUACGCAGAUUCUCAGCAUUUGAAGCUGAAGCAAGUUCAACAACAUCAGAUACUAAGCCAGUAAUUCCACAGAAACUUUCCUCUGAUCCUACCCUGUGGACCAUAGACGAAGUAAUACAACAUAUUACUGAAACAGACCCCGCCCUCAAUACUCAUUCAGACCUCUUCAGAAAACAUGAAAUAGAUGGACGUGCAUUUUUGUUAUUGAACAGUGAUAUGAUGAUGAAAUAUCUUGGACUUAAGUUAGGACCCGUGUUAAAACUAUGUAACAUUGUAGAAAAGCUAAAACACAAAAGAUAAUCUGGACCAGUGCUAAAACUUUGUAACACAUUAAAGCUAAAACACAAAAGAUGAUCUGGACUGCUAAAACUAUGUAACAUUGUAGAAAAUCUUAAACAUAAAAGAUAAUCUGGACUGCUAAAACUAUGUAACAUUGUAGAAAAUCUUAAACAUAAAAGAUAAUCUGGACCCAAACCGGUUGAUAAAACUGCAAAGAAAAGAUAUUUUAAUAUAAGUCAUAGAUAUCAAGCAUUGUGCAGGCAAAAUAGAUAAUAGACUCAUAGAUGGAGUCUUUCAACGUAGCUGUCUUUUGGUAUAAGUUUAUAUGAUGUAAAUAUCAGUCUAAGAAAUCCUCAUCCUACAUGUUAACAUUUUAAAACCAAAAUAAAUUGAUCAACUUAAUAAUAAACCUAUCCAUUCAUGUUUAUGUAAUCAUUAAUUUAGAUGACAUUGUGUAUGUUUUUGUUAAUGUGGACUUUAUCCAUUGGUACUGUGUAAUUGUUAUGAAUAGUUAUCAUGGUUAUUAGUAAUGUCUCUCGUCUCUUCAAUGUUAAAUGUAUAUUUUUUAACAACAUCUGUUUAAUACUUGCAGGCGAGUUCUCUUUACAUGAUGAUUUAAACACUUUUGUGAACAAUAUUACAAUUUGUAUUUCAUCUUAGAUGCAAGACUACAGCAAAAGUAGUUAUUCAAUUGGUGCUAAAAUAAUAUUUCUUGUUAUAUUGUAAAAAAUAUUGCCUUUGUAGAGUUUUUUUUUUAUGAAAAUACAAUAUUAUAAAUGAUAAAAAUGACUGUCCUUUAUGUAAUUUUAAAAUGCUUCAGCAAAAAAUGUUGACAUUGGAAAAUUGUGAUAUUAAUUGAAUGAAAAUGAUUUUUCUUUUGAAACACAAAAAUAUCUUCUUGUGUAACAAAAUAACAAGGCAUUCACAAUUUGAAAAUAAAAUGUUAUACAUUGUACACACUAGGUUUGUUGAAAGAUAAUAAAAAAAACCCAUAAGAACAGAACAAAAUAAUGGGGUUGGGAUGUAUAUUAUAGCAAUUUUAAAAAGAAGAAUAAAUGAAUUUCAAUUGAAUAGAUGAAUACCUCAGAUUAUAAGAUGGUUGGUUGAUAUGAAGAAUUUCCUGUAGUAAAGAUGCUAUAUAUUAAGCUUGUAUGUUACCACUAAAGGACGGGUUCUUAAAUAUUGAAACUUGAUUUAUCACAAUUCUUUAUUUCAAUCAUGUAUUUCCAGAAAACAAUGUUAUCAACAUGUUUUACUGUAUAUAGUCACUAAGGUUAAGACAUGUUUUACUGUAGAUAGUAACUAUGGUUGUGUAUUUAUGUGAUAUAACUGUAUAUAGGGCUUUUUACCUUCUAUAUGUAUAUAAUAAUUAAAAGACGAAUUUUGUUAAAGCUGUUUUAAUUAUCAAAUUAACCGUAAAAUCUCAUUUGAAUAGAAAAAUGUGUCUUGUUAGGUUUCUGCUAGAAAUUACAAAAAACCAGGGCAAAGCUCCAAGACUGAUAUGCAGAUGUUACUUGCAUUGUUUUAUGAUAUAAGUCCUGAGUUUACACGUUAUCCAUUGUGUAUUUAAGACAGGUUUUGCUGUUCAAUUACAUCAUGUAAUUUCUUUCAUCACUCAAAGUCCCUGCAUUUCAUUAACAUAAUAAAUUUAAAAAAAAAACAACACACAUGUGGCAAAUUAAAUAGACGUAUUUACACUUGUAUGCAAAUUUGUCCGCCAUUACGUAGAAUCACACAGGUUCCCAUAAACUUUUAUAUAACAAUUCAAAAAUGUUGAUGUCACAAUAUUAAAAAGUGUUUGUUGCUUGACGUCAAAAGGUUAUUUGGAGGCGAUCUAAGGUCAUUUGGAGACAAAAUUCAGCUAAAUACAAAAGUGAAAAUACGUUUAUUGCUAACCAGCUUGGUAAUUUCAAUUUUUAUUGAGAUUUGUAAUUACCUAUUCAGUGAUUUUGAAUGCUUACUUAGUGCAUCAUUGUAUAUACUAUUAUCUGUAUGCACUUGUUUACUUGUACAUUUUACUUGUAAAUAUUUGUUAGUAUCUUUUUCUUUUAAGUUUGUAAUUUUUGAUGUUGCUAUUAUUGUACAGCUGCCUUAUUAUGUUGCUUUUAUACCAAUAUAGGCAUGGCUCUUUGAUAUGGUCCAUGUGAUAUAUUUAUGCCAUAAAUUGCAAGUACCAUAAGAGCUAGGGUUCUGCAGCAACACUAUUGAAUAGUACUGUCAUCUUUCAUUGAAAAAUGAAUCAGUUUUAAUCAUGUUCAUAGAAAGUAAGGUGUACUUAGUCCAAAAAAUAACUAAAAUCACUCAAUAUGCUUGUCAUUCUAUGUAUCUCUAGUUAUAUCGCUGAUCAAGAGGUGAAGGGUUGAGGAUUCAACUUGAUUGUUAUUUAAUCAAUUUUCUGGUAAAAGUGAUAAAUGAAUUAUAAGUGUACAUUCCAUUUGGGUUUAGAGACUAUAUUUGUGCAGAGCCAAUUUGACUUCAAUUGUAUUUUCUAUUUGUUGGUAAAAAUUUUAACAAUGUUUUAGUAUCCUGAAGCAUCAAAAGUAAUUGAGGUUUUACACCUUGCAAAUUUUAAGGUGUAACAUAACCCUACAGGUAGAUAACUCUGUAACAUUC